CUGUGAGCGCCGUUCGUUGUGGUCCCAUGAUUCCACGAGGCGGAAGCUGUUUAUUAACGUGAGGUAAUGAUGAUGAUGCCAGAACGACGACGAACACUCAGGUCACCGACAACGCAGAAGCCAACGGAACCGAUACCAAACGACAUCUUAUAUUCGAGAGCCAGGCAUACUUGCUUAGUUAUUAAUGUGUGUGUUCAUUAAAAUUAAUUCUUUCAAUAAAAAAAAAUUUUGAAAGAGUGACAGAAAAAAGGAGAGAGAGUAAAAAGGAAAAGUGAGAAAGAGAAGUAAAAGAAGAAGAAAAAAGAGGAACUCUAACACGAAGAGGUGUCAAAGAAAAGAAAUGAAAAACUUGAAGAAUCAAAACCUUCCUACUAAUUGAAAGUUUCGAUUAAAGGGACAACUAAAGGACAUCAGAAGGUAUAAGUGGACACGGAACUCCACAAAGGACAUGUGCAAUCUCUAUUAAAUUCAAAUUAAUUUCCAACGAAGUAAACUUUUAUCGAUAUCUACGAAACGUUAACGACCUACGUCGUUUACAAGCUCUCAUCAAGAAUUCCUCGCUUUUCGGUUUGUUAUUACGACGUAGUUACAGCUAUUUGUGGCUUUUUCCCAAAACGAAAUUCACUAACUGCAAUUAGAACGAAAUUUUGGUGCUACGUUUUACGGGUAUUCUCGUUAGAAUACGAAUUUUCUGCGGAGAAUGAUAUUUUUUGUAAAGAGAAAGUGAAAAUAAUUUUGUUUUGCUUAUAUGUUUUUUUAUCGAUUUUUUUAAUUUAUAUUUUUCGUUAAAGAAUUGAGGGAAAGAAAAAUUCAAGUACAAUCUUUGAGCUUUUUUUUACUGACGUAUCAAUCUUUGUGUUUGUCAAAGUGGAUGCUCCAUUGAUCAUCAACCAAUCGAUAAAUCAUAUUGCAACGAAUGAAUUUAAUCUCUGAUAGAGAAUUAAUAAGGCGUUCAAUUAGUUUGCGGCUGCUUUCUUAUGCUGUGUUAUCGCGAGAGUGUAGGUGUGUGUGUGUGUGUGUGUGUAUACGUGUAAUAUGUGAUAUGUGAUGUCAAUUAGAUUAAUCGUUCGUUUAUCGUGAAAAGGAUUGAGUAACUCGUAUAAUAUGACAUACGAAGUUAUGUCUGUCAAUGAUUUGACUUGAUCUUCUCGUUCUCGUGAUAUUCAUAGUUACUUUGAGUGAUUUAUAUUUCGAAUGAAAUUUUUAAAAAAAUUGAAAGAUAUUUGUUUUUUUCCAAUGGAUCGUCUUGGUGUACCGGUACACCGUAGAAGAGCAAACAAUGAGCAUGAGAAGAACAGAAGCUAAGUAGCAGGCUAUAGGUACGGGAAUAGGACGAGAAAGCAACGAAUAAAAAGAAAUAUAAGGAACAAAGAGUCGGAAUAGAAAGUAGACGGACGAAGGAGAAGAAGGAGAAGAAAAAAUAUACGAAGAAAAGAGGAUUUCAAAGUAAAGAAAGAAAGGAAUAGAAAAAGGGAGGAGAGAAGAAGAAAAUAGUGAAGAAAGCAAAUAUACAUCGAAAAUAUGACGACGAGUAGAACUUUCAAAACUACAUGGAGGCUAACGUGGUUUAUUUGCCUGUUAUUGGCCAGCUGUUUAGCGCAAACCUCACCAAUGUGUCCAGAACAACGUGAAAUCUCACCAUGUUCCUGCUCCACGAAAAAGGCUGGUUUGGAUAUAGUUUGCGAGCAGACCGAAUUAACACACAUUUCUAAAGCCAUGAAUACUCUCAAAGGAAAACCAAAUACUGUCAUUUUCUAUUUAAGACUCAGACACAAUAAUUUACCUAAACUUCAAGGCUACAUGUUCCUCGGUCUGGACAUACGUCAUCUUACUAUUCACAAUAGCACUUUGGCUGCAGUUGAAGAAUCCUCCUUGAACUCGAUCGGCAACAAAUUGACACAACUGGACUUCUCACAGAAUUAUUUAGGAACCGUUCCAUCGCUGGCGUUACGAAAUCUUCAUCAUUUACUUAUUUUGAAUCUCAAUCAUAAUAAGAUCAAUGCCAUUCAUGCGAAAGCUUUCGAAGGCCUCGACACACUUGAAAUUCUCACUCUCUACGAAAAUGAGAUAUCUUCGAUAGACGGGGAAGCAUUUAAGGGACUUGAUAAUCGAAAAUUAAAACGCCUCAAUCUAGGAGGGAAUAAAUUAACAAGCAUACCAACAUCUGCUCUUUCCUCGUUGGAUAUGUUGAAGAAGCUGGAGAUGCAAGAAAAUAAAAUACGAUCUAUCCAGGAAGCAGAUUUUCAAGGUUUGAAAAGUUUGGACUCGUUAGGAUUGGCGCACAAUCAGAUUCGAUCUAUACCAGCUCGUGCAUUCUCUGAUUUGUCACAAUUAAAUUCUUUAGAGCUUGACGGAAAUGAGAUAAUCUAUGUCGAUCCAGAUGCAUUUAUUGGCCUUGAAGAAAAUCUACAAUAUUUACGAUUAGGUGAUAACAAUUUACACACGAUACCGAGUGAUGCUCUUAGACGCCUCCAUCGUUUACGUCACCUUGACUUAAGAGCAAACAAUAUAACUGUGCUCCUAGAAGAUGCUUUCACUGGUUACGGAGAUUCAAUAUCUUUUCUCAAUCUUCAGAAAAAUUUAAUUAAGGUACUACCACCGCUGGUAUUUGAAAAUUUAAAUUCCCUGGAAACGCUUAGCCUACAGAAUAAUAAACUCACUCACAUACCCGAGGAAGUGACAGAAACAAUCGUCGACACAUUGCGACAUAUCGACAUAACAGACAACCCGUUGAUAUGCGAUUGUGAGCUUCGUUGGUAUCCAGCCUGGCUUCAAAAUCUUCGCGACAAGGACGACGAAAUAAUGUCAAAGAAGCGUACGGUUUGUAUGAUGCCGUCCGAGCACCGGGAAUAUUCCGUGCAAAAUAUACCCUUAGAAAAAAUGGGCUGCGUCAGAAAGAACGAGGAGAAAAUGCCGUGGAAUGGUAUUGCUGUUUACCGGAACAUCUGUUACGUUAACUUUCUCGCGUUUUUCAUCGUCAUCGGCUUAUAAACCUUUUGUUUAUCUAUCUACCUUCGUCAUUAUAAUUGUGUUUCUUAUUAUUUUUUUUAUUUUUUACCUUACAAGAAGAGAGAUCCGUAUCAUGAGAAAAUCGCUAACUCGAAAAAUACUUUUCUUUUAUUUUUAUUUCAAAUUAAACUAGCAAUCAUUGCUCGUUAAUCAUUUGGCGUGCUAUUUAUUCAUGAUUUAACAUAUAUUGGACAAGUCUUUUAGAUACAUUAAGAUCUCGUUCCAAUCGGAUAGAGACAUCGAAUACGUUGUAUGAAAGAUAGCAAUGAAAGUAUAAGAAAUUUAAGAUGUCGUAUUAACGUAACGGAUGUCGUAGUAACGUUUCUCGUAUUCUAAUAGUAGUUAUACUUUCGAACAGAGUAUUCGUAAGUAACUGCGACAAUCGAUAGUUCUACGAUGACUAGAUCCUUUCACCUACUAAAUUAGUUGAUUUGCAAGAAAUGUAAAGGUUCUAUUCGCAAAAGAUAUGCAGUGGCCCGCGGGGGAGAGAUUAGAGGAAUGAAAAGAAAGUAGACUGAAUUUACACACGGAUUGUUCAAUGUCUUAGAUCAUAGUCGUAAGGUUCUUCAUUUAAUCAACGUAAAUGUUCGAAGAAUCGUCUGAUUAUCGUUCUAUUAAACAAGAAAAAGAAGAGAAAGAGAACGGAAAUUAAUUCCGUCGAUCUCACGGAAGCGAAUCUCGUUUGUUACGAGUGCAUGAGCUUUCAUCACCAAAACGUUACAUAUCAAUAUCGUUGCCAACCAUUUUGUGAAUAUUCUUUAAGGUUGCGAAGCGAAAGGAGAUUAGUAUAAUUAAUAAUAAAAAAGAGGAGAAAAGAAAAAGAAGAAAGAUCCCUUUUUAAAAAAAAUUAAGAAAAAAGAGAAUAUAAUUAACUAAGGGGUCUAACCACUCAGAUCCUUCGAAAAAGGGGUAUAUUCUAAAAAAAUUCAUAAAUUUUUGAAAGUAUAAACUGAAAUAUUUUUAUUUUUUAACACACAGCAAAAUACGGCUUCAGGAAUUAUUAUAGGAAUUAUUUUACAAUUAUCAGGAAUUACAUUAUGCUUAAAUAACUUUUUGACAGAAAUAUUUAAAACUUUCGGCACUGCAGCAAUUUCCACGGAGUCCCUCGGCACGGUAAACACUGAUGCCAAAUCACGAAAACGCCAGAUGAAUAUGAAAAUAUUGUUUAAUUUUGUUGAAAAAAAGUAUUUAAGGGUUUUGGAAAUUGUUAAUUAUGAAUCUUAUAUUAUUUUUCUUAAAAACGAAAUAGCGAACUGGAAAUUGCUGACAUUUUCAUUAAAAAGUGACUAAAUCCUUUUAAAAAUUAGGAUUUGAGGAUUGUUUAGAUAGCUGAUUAUGAAUCUGCUACUUUUUGUUGUUGAAAGACAUAAUAGCGGACUUUAAAUCAAAGAUUUUUAAUUUAUUUUUAAUUAAAUUUUUUCAUAAUAUUACACAUAAAAUAAUGGAUAAAGCGUAUGAUCAUUACAAAUACGGUUGUGCAUUACCAUAGAAUAUCGUGAAUAAAAGCUACAUUUUUAUCUAUUUAAACUCAAAUAAAGCGCUCUAACUCGUACUUUUCAUAUACUUAGAGCCCUUAGAAUAAAUAUUUUUCAUACCGCAUCGGCGAAAAAUACGUAGCAAUAUACUCUCCAUUAGCAACUACAUUUAUUCUUAAUGUAAAUUUUUAAAAACAUAAUUCACUUAUACUUACUGUCAAGCGAAGAUUCUUUAUUUAUAUGUUUGAAUCGGAAAAAUAUUAACUGCAUUAUGCGCGUUUAAAGACACCAUAACUUUCGAUGCACAGUGAAUCACAAAUGCAAUGCCCUCGACGUUUACGUUUCAAUCGAUAAUUUACAGGUGUGCAUUAGCUUACUUAUCCAUAUCAAAUGGUUGAUAAAAACGCUACAGGGUCUGUAAAACAUAUUCCAUGGGUUGAAAGACCGAAAAUAAUAUUUAUUCUUUUUAUUUUACACGCGUGUUCGGGAUUUAAAAUUAGUGUACGACACGUAUCUGAAAAGAAUCAACUUAUUUGCAGACAAUGUCGCUUCAAUACAGCGUACAAAUUUUUUUUUAACCGUUAGGGAAUUUAUGAAA